GGCGGCGGCGGCAGCAAGCGGCGGCGGUCGCGCACCAACUUCAACAGCUGGCAGCUGGAGGAGCUGGAGAGGGCCUUCCUCGCCUCCCACUACCCGGAUGUCUUCAUGCGGGAGGCGCUCGCCAUGCGCCUCGACCUCAAGGAGUCGCGCGUCGCCGUGUGGUUCCAGAACCGGCGCGCCAAGUGGCGCAAGAAGGAGCACACGAAGAAGGGCCCGGGCCGGCCGGCGCACAACGCGCACCCGCAGACGUGCAGCGGGGAGCCCAUCCCGGAGGAGGAGCUGCGGCGCAAGGAGCGCGAGCGGCGCGAGAAGAAGCUGCUCAAGUCGCUGGAGCGCCAGCAGCGCAAGCUGGCCGCCAAGGGCGUCGCCGUCGACCUGGACACGCUGCGCCGCCAGUGGGAGGCCAAGCACCGCGCCCACGCGCCCGCCCACCAGUUACACAAUCAGCCGCGGCGCGGGGGCGGCGGGGCGGCGGGGGAUGGCGGGGGCGGCGGGGGCGGAAGCCCGGCGCCCGGAGCCGCGUGA